UUCCAAAAAAGAAAAUUCUGAAAAGCAAAUAAACAAACCAAACACCUUCUAACCAAACCCCAUAUCCUCCCAUUACUACUUUUUUUCCUUCUCUAUUUUCCAAAGCAAAUGAAAGAAAGCUGACUUCUAUUUGUUAUUUCAAUCACCUUCAAAUUAUAAACCAAGCCAGAAUUAGCCAUUUUUUCAUAUGCUUUUUCUGGUUUUGGUCAUCAGAAAAUACACCAUUUUCUCCUCCUAAUUAACCUGUCGAAAUUUUCGAAAAAUCAUGUCUCGGACUUCUCAAGUUCCUCAAGGACUUAAGCAAGAAGAAUUCAUAGAGUUAGAGCCAUUGAUUCGAACUUACCAUACCUUUGAGCAUUUACCGAACACUUGCACUUCUCUCAUAACACAGCGUAUUGAGGCACCCGCAAACGUUGUCUGGCCGUUCGUCCGACGCUUUGACAACCCCCAGAAGUACAAGCAUUUCAUCAAGAGCUGCACGAUGACAGGUGAUGGUGGAGUCGGAAGCAUUAGAGAAGUGUCGGUUGUGUCAGGAAUCCCUGCAUCGACAAGCACAGAGCGGCUAGAGAUUCUAGACGAUGAGAAGCAUAUUCUGAGCUUCAGGGUGGUGGGAGGCGAGCAUAGGCUGAAUAAUUAUAGGUCUGUUACAUCGGUGAAUGAGUUCGAGAAAAAUGGGAAACCUUACACUAUAGUAUUGGAGUCAUACAUAGUGGAUAUACCACAAGGAAAUACUGGGGAAGACACAAAAAUGUUUACUGAUACAGUGGUGAAAUUGAACUUGCAAAAGCUUGGCGUCGUGGCAAUGGCGGCUCUGCAUGGCCACGAAUGAAGCUGCUAGUGAUGACUACUGGUGGUGAUUGGCGGUAUCUGUUUUCUUAUAUUUUUCUUCUUCAAUUUUCUUUACAAAUAAUAUUUGAAAGAAGAAAAUCUCUUUCAAUUUGAAAACUAUUUCUUAGUGGUUAACAUCGUUUUCUUGCAAAUUGGAAAUUAAAUUAGUUUGUAUAUUUUUUUCCUAGUUUUAUUUCUCGUUGUUUUGGUGACAGUUACUACAUUAUUAGUUCUUGUUUGCCAACUAUGAGUAUCAAUUUCUUUUCUUUAAUUUAUUGAAUUAUUGGUUCGUUGGGUUCA